AUGGGCGAUAUUCCAAUGAACGAAGCUUUCGGAUCUGGUGUGCCGCAGGAGUUCUCUGGGCCCACACUGGAUCAAAUUCAAGCAUUUAUAAAUCAAGCCGUGAGUCAAGCUCAGGACUUAGCAACCUUACGUCACCAAGAAGAAUUAGCUGCUACUAUGAGAAAUCAUGCCGACGAGACCGCACGGCUACGCCAUGAGUAUCAGCAAAUAGUUAAUGGGCUCACUGCUCGCCUGGACGGAAUGAACGUUGCGCCGCCGCAUCAACCGCCUCCGCAACCCACACUCCCACCGAUGCCAUUACCGCAACAAACCGUAAUUCGGAACAUGGAACCUAAGGCAUCUACUCCGAUUACCGUCGUGCCGUAUGACGGAACCGAUCGUGCAAAGCUUGAGGAAUUCAUCGCUUCAUGUGAAGGGGUUUUCUUACUUGCACCAAACUCGUACCCUACAGAUCAAGCCAAAAUAGUUUUUGUAGGACAUGCUACUAGAGGCUCUGUGAACUCUUGGUAUAGGGCUUUGUAUCAGUCUAGGAUCAGUGAUCCCCUAGUCAGUAGUAUGACUUUUAUAGAAUUUAGGCAAAAACUUAGAGCAGUAUGGGGAGAUCCUCAUCUCCAAUUGACUUCUGGAACUAAGCUUAGAGGCCUUAGUCAGAAAGGAAAGUCCCUUGCUGACUAUAAUGCAUUAUUCUUGGAUCUACUCAAUCAAUCGGGAUAUACUGAUACAGUAAUGGUCAAUCAACUAUAUUUUGAAGGUCUAGUAGAAGGAAUUCGAACGAGCCUGACCACUGGUCGGGAGCCGCUACCCAAUACUUUGGAAGGCAUGAUGACCGCUGCUAUGGGUGUAGACAGCUUAUAUCAAAUCCGAAAGUUAAAACGGGGUAACGAUAGUCACAGCUCCAGCCACCAUAUCAAUAAUAGUAAACACAAAUUCCAAAACAAACAAACCCCUGGAGGAAAUCAGCAAGACCGUGGUGUGUCAUUUACCCCUUCAGACACGGAUAAUUCUGUGGAUGACCCGAUGGAUCUCGGUCACAUCUUUGAUAACAAUGGAAAGAUCAAGCCUGAAGUCAUUGAACACAGACGUAAAAUGCAACUAUGCUUUUACUGUGGAAACAAAGGACAUCAAGCGAACAAGUGUCCAAAAAAGGAUUUAUCUGCCAACGGCCAAAGGAAAAUCAUUAAAGAUCCGAACACCGUAAACCCACAAAAAUCCGAUAAACAUCAACCACCUCAUUCAUUAAAGUCAUUUCCUUGUCUCGCUCUACCGGUUAUAAUAUCACAAACCCCUAAUAAGGACAAUUCCUGGCAUAGUAUGGAAGCAUUAUUAGACUCAGGGUCCACCAACAACCUCAUAAGCAGUGCCGCUGUAAAGAUCUGGAAUCUGGAAACAUCACCAGCAGAUUAUGUCAAACAACUCCGUGGCGCUGAUGGGAGAAACUUCUGUACCGUUACUCGGGAAUGUAUUGUAACACUUAAGAUCGGAAAUCAUGUAGAAACCUUAUGUCUUGGAGUUGCAGAAACCCCAGGAGUACCUCUUGUCUUGGGCAGACCGUGGCUGAGAUAUCAUAAUCCUACUAUAGACUGGUCGGAUGACACUAUAGUACUCCAGUCAGCAACUUGCCAAAACUCCUGUGUUCCCAAGGGAAUUAGUAAUCGUAUUACAGUGUUACGAUCCACCCUGGUAGAUGGGAAAACAGAUUCAUUCUUGGUUAUAUCUGAAAGUAUGGGUAUUCCAGUACAGUAUAGGGAUUAUUCGGACGUCUUUUCUAAGGAAAAGGCCGAUAUAUUGCCCGAACAUAGGAAAUUCGAUUGUGGAAUCGAGUUAAUUCAUGAUGCUAAAUUACCUCAAAUGAAGAGGAUUUAUCAUCUGUCUCACGAUGAAUCCGAGGAGUUACGGCUUUACGUACGAGAUAUGGAAGCUAAGGGAUUCAUCCAGAAAUCUAAGUCUCAGUUUGGAGCUCCAGUCUUUUUCGUACCCAAGAAGGACGGGACGAAACGAUUAUGUGUGGAUUACCGAGAUCUAAACGAAAUUACGGUAAGAGACCGGUAUCCGAUACCACUGACUAAGCAGUUAAUGGAUACGCUUAGUAGCAGUCGUAUUUUCACCAAGAUAGAUUUGAAGUCCGCUUAUCAUCUUGUAAGAAUCAAGCCAGGUGAUGAACAUAAGACGGCUUUCAGGUGCCGCUAUGGACAUUACGAAUAUAAGGUCAUGCCGUUUGGACUUACCAAUGCCCCGGCUGUAUUUAUGAGGUUAAUUCAUCAGGUGCUACACGAUUUCUUGGAUGUUUUCGUGGUGGUAUACUUGGAUGAUAUCCUAGUCUUCUCUGCAGAUGAAGCCGAGCACGUACAACAUGUGCGCCUCGUCUUACAGCGUCUAAGAGACGAAAACCUAUUUGCCAAGUUGGAUAAAUGUGAAUUCCACCACGGAUCAGUAGAGUUCUUGGGGGUAACAGUUACUUCUAAAGGAUUCCGCAUGGCGCCUUCUAAGGUUAAGGCUGUAGCGGAAUGGCCAACACCGGUAAAUUUAAAACAGGUUCAGUCGUUUAUUGGCUUUGCCAAUUUUUAUCGACGGUUUAUCAAAGAUUUUGCCAAGGUAGCGAAGCCCUUGACAGAUCUGAGUCAAAAGGAGACGCCUUUUAUCUGGACAGAUAAAGAGGAUCUAGCCUUUAAGUCACUACGUGAUUUAAUAAUGUCAGAACCAGUAUUAGUACACCCUGAUUACGAAAGGCCAUUUAUAGUGGAGACCGAUGCCUCGGAUUUUGCAAUAGGAGCUGUCCUCAGUCAGCUACAAACCGAUAAUAGGAGACCACACCCGAUUGCCUUUGUAUCGCGGAAACUUUUGACUGCUGAAAGGAACUACUCCGUAUAUGAUAAAGAACUUUUGGCUAUAAUAUUUGCACUAAAAGAAUGGAGAGCAUAUCUAUUAGGUGCUAAAAUGCCAAUCCAGAUACUCACGGAUCACGCAAACCUCACGUACUUUGCUCAGAAGCAAGCUCUUACUCCUCGUCAUGCCCGGUGGGCCGCUUAUCUAGCCGAGUUUGACUUUUAUCUAGUCCAUCGGCCCGGGAAGGCAAAUGCUGCUGCAGAUGCUCUAAGUCGACGGAGCGACUUCAUUUUAACGGGGGAAGAAGAUUCGGAACGUAAGACACAGGUCGUGAUACAACCCGAGAAAUUUGCAGAUAUGCAAUUUCAAAUAAUUCAAGAUGACAGCUUCUUGCUCUUAUCAACUACUGAUAUCGACUGGCGAGAGACCGUCAUAGACGAACAUAGAAAGUUAGAGAUCCUCAGAGAACGUCAUGACUCAAAAGCUGCUGGUCAUUUUGGUAUUAGUAAAACCUAUAAAGCCAUAGCUAAGGAGUUUCAGUGGCCUGGAAUGUGGAAAUAUGUGGAGGAUUACGUCAAAGGAUGUGAAACAUGCCAACGUAAUAAGGUGUCACGGCACUUGCCAUACGGCUUAUUAGUACCACUCCCCAUACCAACCAAGCCAUGGGCAUCUAUAUCAUUAGACUUUAUAGUAAAACUGCCAAGGAAACGGAACUUGGAUUCUAUUCUGGUAGUAGUAGAUAGGUUCACAAAGAACGCCUUCUUUAUACCUUGUAAAGAAUCAAUCACGGCUCAAGAAACGGCUGAGUUAUUCUUUACCAACAUCUUCCGCCAACGGGGACUUCCGGAAGAAAUAGUGUCAGAUAGAGGACCACAAUUUAAGUCAGCAUUCUGGAAAUCUCUAUUUAGAAUCUUGGAAACUAAGGUUAAACUCUCCACGGCUUAUCACCCACAGACCGAUGGUCAAACCGAACGAGUAAAUCAAACCCUGGAACAGUAUCUCAGAUGCUUUUGCUCAUAUGAACAAAGAGACUGGGUAGACUUGUUACCGUUUGCCGAGUUUGCUUAUAAUAAUGCCACAAGUGAAAGCACGGGCCAAACGCCUUUCUUCGCUUUGUACGGAUUUCACCCUAAGGCCGACUUUUUGACCGCCACACCUACGGAAGAUCAAUCCGAGAACCCGCAAGCCAUGGAUAUAGAAUCCAGGAUGAAGAUUAUCCAUUCUAAAAUAAUGGAACAGCUGCACAGGGCUCAGGAGUCUGCUAAGUUAUAUGCCAACAAGAAGCGAAUGGAUCAUCCUUUUAAAGAAAGAGAUCUAGUCUGGAUGUACACGAAGAAUUUAGCCUCGGAUAGGCCUAGUCUGAAACUAGAUUAUAAGAAAAUAGGACCCUUUAGGAUCAAGGAAAAGAUCAAUGAAGUAACUUUUCAUUUAGAUCUACCACCAGCAUUACACAUCCACCCGAUAGUACAUGUCUCGUUAUUGGAGCCAUACACAUAUAGUAAUAUUCGAGGACAAGUAGAUACUCAGCCAACAAUCUUGCUAGAUGGUGUAGAACCGGAACAUCAGCUACGAAACAUAAUUAGGUCGGAACGACGGAAUAAUCACGUGCAGUAUCUGGUACAGUGGAACUCAGCUCAAGUUUUUCCAUCUUGGGAGAGCUACGACAAUAUGCAAGCCUGGAAGAAUGAAAUCGAAGAAUUUCAUCGUAAAAAUCCAAAGAUGCCUCGAGCUGCUGAGAUAGUUAAGGAUUUGGAAGAAUCUGACUCUUCCAGUGAUGAAGGAUCAGAGUACAGUUUAUCUGAUGAUGAUGAACACGCUGCUCAAGGCGUUGGUCAUAGUGGUAGCACAUAUAAGGACAAGCCAAUCACUCGACAAAGGAAAACUGAAGCUAAACAGAGCCCUAAGGAAGGUGAAGCUAAACCAAUCGAUAAAGAGAAAGCGCCUGUGAAAGGAAUGAUGACUCGCAACAGAUAUAGGCAACAAGAAUCUUCAAGUAAACAUUGA